AUCGUGGCCGCCAUGUCUCCGGCGCAACAAGCCAUGAGUGCCCCCGGUCGAGUUUGUGCUCGAUGCGCUCGUAUCAAACAACGAUGCGACGGUGACCAGCCCUGCUCGCGAUGCAAACGUCUCGGCCAUGUGUGCCAGCCACGAAGUCCCACUGAGAAGGAGUCGGUUGGUGCGUCUCUGCCCGCAAUGGCCCUGCGGCGACCUCGGGCAUCGCGGUCCCGUGGUGGAUGUCUCUCCUGCAAGACGAGAAAGAAGAAAUGUGACGAGAACCGCCCUCGAUGUAGCGACUGCCGCCGGUUGAAUCUCCCGUGCCAGUGGUCCAAUCCCAAUAUCUCUGCGACAGUCGAUUCGCCCUCGUCAUCUUCCCCAGACUCCCAUGCGACGGCCUCGCCUCCCUCAGAUCCGAUUCACGUUUCCGACGGGGAUCCGCUGGCCUUGAGCUCAAUCACCCCGGAGGAUGACGAGGAGUUUAUUGCCACGCUGUUCCCACAUCCAUUACCCAAACAGAAUGCCGUUCUACUGCCCCUUGAACGGUCCCCGAUCUCCAUCAAUCCGUAUCUCCGUGGAGAAGAGGACCGGUCGCUCUUCAAUCACUAUAUCCACGUCGUGGCGCGAGCCUUGUCGCGCUCGCACGAUCCCGAUCGGAACCCGUUUCUUGUGACGCUUUUGCCGCUGGCGGCCGCGUCUGAUGCCGUGACGAGUGUGAUUCUGAGUUUGAGUGGAUGCCAUUGGAGAAGAGUGUACCCCAGUAUCUGGGGCUGUGCGUUGAAACGGCAAGGACAAGCAUUGGCCCAGGUCAACACCCUACUGGGCCGAUCCGAUCGUCAAUGUAUAUUCGAAGCCUGUGCAACAGUUCUACUGCUAUGUCUGACGGAGCUGUUUGACGGCACGUCUAAGGUGUGGAAAUGGCACCUCAAAGCAGCGAGCGCCAUUCUCAAAUCCCCCGCAUUUCAAAACCUUGCCUCCACGGACGAGUGGACCUUUUGCAUCAGCCUCUUCCACUAUCUCGACGCCAUGUCUACGAUCUCUCGGUGCAAAGCGCCUCUUUUGCACAAUAGUGACAGCAUGGCCGAACUGACUACCUCGCUUCGCCGGAACAGCGUGCCCGAGCUGGAACGCAGCCAAUCAACGGAUGCCAUCUACGGUAUCUCGCCCGCGCUAUUCGACUUUUUGGGAAUGGUCAAUUUACUGGCCAAUCAUCGAAGUAAGCGUGUCGAUGAGCUAUCCGAGAUUGGCUUCCGAACGGCGGCUUCACACCUGGAGAAUCGGAUCGAUGAGUGGCGUACCGAUCAUGACCAGAUGACCGAGCUGGGGGCUGAGACGGAGCGCGCUACAACCGCGUUUGAAUGGGCGAUCCGAUUGCGGCUACAUCAGGUUGUGGAGGGAUAUGACCCGCUUCAUCCAUUCGUGGAGCGGUCGAUUACGACUAUCCUCGAUUCCGUUCAGCAGAUCCCGUACGCCAGUCGGGUCGAAGGGUGUCUGCUCUUCCCGUUAGUUAUCGCGGGAUCCAGUAGCAUCAGUAUGGAGCGACGAAUGAUGGUCAAAGAACGUCUUAUGGUGAUGGAGAAUACGCUCGGGUUUGGGCAUAUUCAGUAUGCGCGACAAUUACUAGAGACCGUGUGGAAUGGUGCGUCCUGUGCAACAGAUCUCAAUUGGGCCGCAGUGCGUUAUAGCAAGUUCCCCGGUGUCGUGUUUGUAUAGCUUAGAGGUGGCCAUGUAUUACGAUCCCGAAUUAAU